GGGGGGGGGGGGGAGAGGGCGCCCUUCAUUGGGACACCCAGGUGCCUGUGGAGGUGCCUUGGGGCGCCUGCAAGCCCCUCCCAAUGACGUCGGAAGAAAUCAAGAGAAAUGGGAAAAGGACCUUGUGGCAUCGCGUGUUUACUUUCCCCGGUUGGCGCUGGUGGCGCCUGCUCGAAGGUCGUCAGAGCCCAAACCAAGGCAGUGACCCCGCAGUGACACAAUGCAAGCAGCAUCGAGCAAUCAGCUGCUGGGUGUAGCAGAACAUAUGAAAUAAAUAUCGGUGCCUGGUCUUGCACGCUCUUCUCACUUCCUCCCUGCUCUUCCACUUCCAUAUUUGUUUGUCCCUCCUGAGACCCUAGCGACUUCACAUCCGUCCUCGUCCCGGCGCAAUUGAGAUCUCCAAAAUGAUCCAAACCCUCCUCUUACAGCUCUUCCUAGCUUGCCUCACCUUGGCAGCUCCCCUGCCCGACAACGGCGAUGGUAGCUUACACGCCAUGAACAAGGACAUGAUCGGCUAUGGCACAGGCGGUGGCAUUGUCGGGCUAAUUGUUUUGGUUCUUGAUGUCUUGGUCUUCAUCGAGGUCUUGAAAUCCAACCGACCACCUACUCACAAGCUCCUCUGGUGUCUGAUUGUCUUCCUCUUCCCGAUUCUGGGAAUGCUCAUCUACUUCCUCUUCUCCAACCGCGAAGCCCACAAGACUGGUGGCGCUUACGAGCCUUUGCCUUAAGAGCAGGUCUCAACGAGGCCACUCCUUCAGCUUGAGACACAACGGUCAACGGUAAACCGAUGCUGCUCUAUGAGGAGGAUUGGGAAAUUCUGAUUGCAGGAUCUCUGACUCAGGGAGGGUAUCAGCAGAGGCUCGAUGAGUUUCUGUGGUUUUGCGCGGCAGGGUAACGAGGUUGGACGAUCAUCGCAAAGAGUGUAGACAGAGGAGGGACGAUCCUAGGGUUCCAAACCAGUGGGCUAUGAUACAUGAGACGAGGACCAUGAAGCUAUAAUGAUAAUGAAGGCCACUCUUUGAUCAUUCUCUGUCGGAGGUCUAGCCUACACAUCAGCUACAACUUCUACGUGUUAAGAGUCUCACGUCAAUGCAGUUUUUAGUUGUAUGCUGGGUGUUUUGUACUUUGCAUGCAAACAUUGGGCACUAGUGCUUUAAAUGAUAGGAAUGAGCAUAAUCCGA